UUACGUCACAGAGGACUUGCUCCACUGUAAACCAGGUCAUAGCAGCAUAAAGGGGUCUUUGUGUGAUGGUUUCCUUUGUACGAUAUAACUUGGAAAUUACUUUGGUAUUUUCACUUCUCGUGGAAUGGGCAAUAAUUUAAGGCAAUAGCGUUUCAGCGGAGCUGUGUGGGGUUGUGUCUGUGCAGCUCCAGCUUUUUCCUGCGCUGCUUUGCGCCCUGCCCCAACGGGCUGCGCUGUUUACUUUCUGCUCUGUGGUAAACGGAUGUCACUUCCUUGAUUAAAAUGCUGGUGUGCGGCCAAAUUCCCGUCCUUUGGGCUCGGGGAAGCAGCGCACCUCGCAAAUGCGCUGUUGGACGCGGCCGUACACCGCUCUCCAUCACCUGGCUGGGCGCGUUGGGAUGCUCUUCGCCUCUGCUGCUCGCCUGGAGGCUUUGGAAGGCAUCGUGGCUGCGUUAAAGAGGGCCUGAAGAUGGAUUGCUGGAGUGUACAAGCCAAGCUUCCAGCCCCGUGGUAAUGCAUCUGACGGGGAAGGUGUAGGCAACUCCAUCCACCGGCGGUGGCUGGGGGAUGUGAGUGUGCCAGGGCUGCUCAGGGGUAGCUGCUGGCCCUGACAGCAGGCGUGCUGUGCUCCCUGGUGCUCCAACGCCUCACCAAGACACCACAGAAAAUAACUGGGAUGCUUGGUUCUGACGAAGUUUGGCAUGGAUUGAGCUGAAUGCCUCAUCCUCUGUGUAGCUGGAUGGUUUCUGAGACUGGCAUCGAAGUUGCUGCUCGGACUGGUACUAUGUGGGCAAGCUGUUGUAACUGGUUUUGCCUGGAUGGCUCACCUGAAGAGAUGCAGCCGCAGCCAGAGCAGGGAACUGGAGCCCAGGCCUACUCCAACCCUGGGUACAGCUCCUACCCCUCUCCCACUGCUUCUGAGGAGAGCUGUAAAGCAUGCGGGGCGCACUUCGACAAUUCCUCCAGAAAGGACUUUUUUAAGGGUGCAUAAUGUGGCUGUUCUGCUGCUAUUCCUACUCAGAAAUGCAGGAUUUGACUUCCCCAAGUGUUGAACGCUUUCUGCAGAAGUCAACAUGGACCAUGAGUCAUAUCUGCUUGGACUGUAAGAAGAAUUUUUGUACGUCCUGCUCAAACCAGCCUGAAGGUGGUCCCCUCCUCUGCCACCUCUGUCAGCGUUUCCGAGCCACAGCUUUUCAGCGGGAAGAGCUGAUAAAGAUGAAGGUGAAGGAUCUGCGAGACUAUUUGGCGCUCCAUGAGAUUUCCACAGAGCUGUGUCGUGAAAAGGAGGACCUGGUAUUUCUGAUUCUUGGCCAGCAGCCAGUAAUUAACCAGGAAGAUCAGAUAAGAACAAACCCAUUUAAUACUAGUGCCUCUGGACAGCAAGACUUUGUGAUUCUCCCGCCAACCAGCACAGCAUCUUCUACCUCACGUGAUGCGUCUCCAGCGUCUGCAGAUUCCAUCUCAAAUUCACGAGCUCAGGAACAUCAACAGGCAAUUGGGUAUGUGUCUCCAAGCCAAGUCGAUAUGACAGGAGUUGAGAAUGCACCAGAAGCACCAACAGAGGAGGAGACGCAGUCUACUCACUCGGGAGAUAACCUGGUGCUGGGGAGGAAGGCUUCUCUUUCUGAUCUAACAAGCAUUGGAGACAUCAAUGCACUGUCUGUGCGGCAGCUGAAGGAAAUUCUUGCUCGCAACUUUGUCAACUACAAAGGCUGCUGUGAAAAGUGGGAGCUGUUAGAGAGGGUGACUCGUCUUUACAAAGAGAAAGACCUUCAGCACCUAGUUUCUGACACUGACGAUCAAACCGGUGGUGCUGGGCUCCCUGGCAUGGAGGACAACCUCUGCAAAAUCUGCAUGGACUUACCCAUUGACUGUGUCCUGCUAGAAUGCGGCCACAUGGUCACCUGCACCAAGUGUGGGAAGCGAAUGAGCGAAUGUCCCAUAUGCAGGCAGUACGUUGUAAGGGCUGUUCAUGUCUUUAAGUCCUAAGCGGAAGACUGGUGAUGCCUUAAAGCCUCAUCUGCUGUUAGGGAAAUGGUCAAAAUUACUGCAAAUAGUUAGGUCAGAGAUUAGGACGUGGCAGUAUUGGAAGCUGGACGUGAGGGAAGAAUGAAGCUUGGGGAAAAUUGCUCUUACUCAAGCUAUGUUUGGCUGUGCCCUUUCCACUGUACCGUUUUACACCACAGUGCCUGGACUCCCUGGAGGUUAUUGCCAGCAGCAGACAAAAUAAUUAAAAACCAACAUUCUAGAGUAACUUGAUCCACUGGUGGAAGAUAAACAGAUGCCUGUCUUUCCACCACAAAUACUAGAUACUGAAGCUUCUGAUUUUUCCCCUGAAUAAUAAACGAAAUAGACUGGGGUCUCAAAAAGCAAUGUGUUUUGCUGCUAUUGAAUUCUGAUUCUACUUCCCCCAUGUUGUGUUUAUGCAACAUACUACUCACUGUCAAUUUAAUUUUUAAUGAAUACAUUUUUUUUUUUCAAUUUAACUUCUUACCAGGCAGCCUGCCUCCAAUUUCCAUAUUCAGAAUGAAUUUAAUUCCAGCCUGGUGGGAUUGUGGAAAAACGUACCAUUUUAUUUGAAGGUGGGCUGUGUAUAACUGAAAAAUGUAAGGGGACUGAGAGACUGUGAAACAUACAGCCUUAUCUUGCCUGGUGUUUUUUUUGUUUGUGCCACUAGGAGGGGAAUAUCUUGUUUGCCUGCUGUUAAUUUGUUUGAAUUCCUAGGCUCCCUUACCAUAUAUGCUAGUAGUUGCUUUAAAAUUGAACUGACCUCAUGUGAUUAAGGAGGUAAGAAGCUAAGGCUUGAGUCUUUUUUCUGGUUUUAUGAGGAAAGCAUACAGCUGAAGUGUAAGAAUUCUAUUGCUACACAAUCAUAUUUAAGUACAGGUGACUUUCUUUUUAGAAGACACAUGAAAGAAAGCAGAGGCAAACUUUAUUUCCCCUGAAUCAAUAAAAUGAGCAGAAGUGAAGUGCAGAGGCUUCUGUGUAUUAAUCAGCUUCCCUUUUUUCAGUUUUAGUCCUCUUUCGUUAAGCCUGCUUAGCAAGAACAAUUUAUUUUGUGAUCUUUGUGAGGGUGGCUAAGAGAUGCUAUGGCCUGACAGAUGACAAUCACAAGAUCUUAGAGCUAUCCUCAUGAAGAGCAUGUUCCUUUGGAAGCCUUACUACAGAAAGCUGUAACUAGCCUCUUUUUCUCUCAGUGGCCUGCAAGUAGCCUGUCCAUUUGGCUGGUAACGUGUAAGUUUCAGAAUCUUGAUGCCUUAAUUUUUCAGCCACUGUGGCACUGCAUACUCAGUUCAAGCAGUGUGUGAAGUUGAGUACCUUCUGCUGCAGGUUUUCCUAUCCAACUUUCCCCUUUAAGCUCUGAUCAUUGAGUGUUCAAACACACUCUGCAUGGCUGUCAGAGGAACAGCAUAAAAACAAGUGUUGACUUAAAGCCUCUGGACUACUGGAAAGUGCAGUUACAGAAACGAUCACCAAAGCCCUCUACUUUUGCAGUAGUUGGUAAUGAGUUAACAGUAAAUUAAACUUCUGUAAUAUUUAACAUGGAAUAUCACGUGAGUAGCAACUCACUUCUCAACUGGCACAGAGGGUCUCUACUUUGCAAGUAGGAGUUAAGCACUUAAGACAAAGAACUCUGUCACUCCGUAGUUAACAGAACCUCUGCACUAUUGAGGUGGCCUCUGAACUCCAUACAAAUAAGAGCUGCUGAGGUUUAUUUAAAUGGAAAUGCUGAGUUUUACCUCUUCCCCUGUUCAGGUUGUUCUUUAAUCUUUGGCUUAAGGUUUAACAGCUUCCAGCAUGAGAAGAGAACUGAUACAAUUUAAUGCAUCAUAUUAAAAAAAAUGCAGGUAAGCAUUAACUGUAUUUACUCUUCAAGAGGUACAGGAAUAUACAUACAAAGCUUUGAACAGCCUCAUUAGUAAAUUCACUGUGAAAAUUCAUGUCCUUUUUCAAUAAACUCAGGACUUAGGGGUAUUCAACAGGAGGAAGACUGUUCUCCUGGGGGCAGAUCUACUUUUAUUGUAGAGAGUAGGCUUAUUUUCUACAGCAGAUAAAUUGAGUUGCACAGCAGUGGUUGAAAUCUUAGCAAUGAGAAGAUAUACCCACCAUGAGUCUGAAGUGUGCUUUCUGAAGGGAAAAGCACUUUUUUUGACUACACUCUUUCCCUUGCAAAAAUGCUUUCUCUCAUGGAUAUGGGAGACUUGUUUUUAAAGGGAAAUCAAAAUCUGGAAGAAACUGAUUAAUAAUCCAAAGGAAUAUAAUGAUCUAAACUAAUAAAGUAAAUGGAAAUAUUUAUGUGCUUUAUGUACACUGUACAUGGUUUAAAUAUUUUAAAGUUAAUAUUCUACUUGAAAUGGCAUGUUUUUCUCUAUUAAAAAAUCCUCUUGGUACUACAAUGGUUAAACCUACUAGUUUUGGUACAGAAGUUUGGUUUAUAAUUUUAUAAUAAACUUGAAAUGUGA